AGAAUGACUCUUGUGUCGACUGUGUCUCCUAAAAGGAAAGCAGCCUAAGAGAAAGAAAUAAUACAAAUAUAAUUCAUGUCGAUUGCCUCGAUACCUAGCGGUAAUAUUUGGAAUUAAUAUGCAUGAGUUUCUGUUGCAGAUCGGCGGAAUCAAUAAUUUGUUUAAAUAAAAUGUGUAUAAUUUGGAGUGUAUAAUUUAUUUGAAAAAAAAUGAAUAAUAACAAUGUGCAAAAAUAUAUGGCUAGCUUUUAUAUGUUUCAACAUGUACAAUAUAUUCGAAGAAGACGCAUAAUGAUUACGAUAAGAGCAAGGCGGCGAGCCUUAUUACAACGCCUACUAAGGUUAUGUUUAGAACAAAAAUUUAAUUUAAUUUUUAUGUGGAAAGUAAUAACUAAUUCAAUACCUCCUCAACUUAUUACGAGGGGUAUACAAUAUAGAAGAAUACGGAUGAAAAAAAAAAAGUUACGAAUUUUGGGAAUCAAUUGUGUUAAAUCAUUAUACUGAAUCGGAAUGGCUCGAAAGCUUUCGAAUGUCAAAAAUAAGUUUCUUGAAAUUGUGUGACUUACUCGAAGAUGAAUUACAACCCAAAAUGCAAUUUUUAAAAGCUAGAGAGACUGUAUCUGUAAAAGAACAAGUUGCUAUAGCUCUGUAUAAAGUUGCUAGUUGUUCUGAGUACAGAGUAGUUGGGAAUGUAUUCGGAGUACAUAAGUCAACAGUGAAAAAAUGCUUUUAUGAAGUUGUAAAAGCAAUUAAUAAAGUUAUGGCUCCUGAUUAUAUUAUUAUGCCAAAUCAAGAUGAAGCUAAAUAUAUUGCAAUGAUAUUUGAAAACGUGUCUCAUAUUCCUCAAAUAAUUGGUUGCAUUGAUGGAACACAUAUACCUAUUACAGUACCAGAAGAAGGUUACAGAGAUUUCGUCAAUAGAAAAGAAUGGGCAUCUUACAAUGUUCAAGCAAUAGUUGAUCAUAAUGGAAGGUUUCGUAAUGUUUUUGUCAAGCACCCUGGUAGUGUUCAUGAUGCUGUGGUUUUUCAAGAUAGUACAUUGUAUAAACAUUCACAAAAAAUAAUACCGCAGAUGGAGUAACACGUAAAUGGACAAGGAAUACCCUUCAUGAUAGUAGGAGAUCCAGCCUAUCCACUUCUGCCAUGGUUAAUAAAGAAUUAUACUGGUGUGGUUUCACCUGAAGAAGAAUCAUUUAAUGUCUAUCUCAGUUCCGCAAGAGUUUCAAUAGAAUUGGCAUUUGGAAGAUUGAAAGCUAGAUGGAGGAUGUUACAAAAAAAAAUGGAAUGCAACUAUAAAUUUGUACCUCAAGUUAUAGUUGCAUGUUGUGUUCUGCACAACUUUUGUGAAGACAAUAAAGACAGAUUUCUUAAUGAAUGGUUGCAACAAAUUAUUCAGUUAGAUAGAGUAUUUGUGCAACCAAGACAACAAAUAAAUCGUGAACGAGAUAGUGUACGUUCUACCAUUAUACGAGAAUGUUUAAAAGAUUACUUAGCUGCAAACUUUCCUCUCCGAAAAAGAUUAUUAAGAUAAAUAAUUUUUUGUAAAAGAGAAUUACUUUCUUCCUUAGAUGUUACUUAAACCUAGUUCGAAAAAAUUGAUUUUAAUUGUAAAUAAU